AUGCGCGGCCUGGCGCAAGCUCUCCUGCUCGCGCCGGCCCUGGUCGGAGCCGCUCCUUCGCGGAUCGACGAGAAGGUCAAGGAUGCUUCGCCCUCGACCUUUGUCACCUUCGACAUUCCCCCGGGCUUCAACGAGGACCAUUCUACCCCUUACACCCUUCAUCUGGAGGUCCUCGAAGCCCCCUCCCCGUGCGCCUACCCCAACAUCAAGGUAAACGACAACCCCCUUUCCCAGCGCGGCCACACCCUCGGCCGCGGCACCUUCACCGGCGAUCACGACGGCUCCACCUUCAUCGCCUCCUGGACCGCCACCUGCGCCGGCGACGAGCAGCUGCUCCGCUUCAACCUCGAGUCCCUCGCCGGCCGCUCCCUCGCCUCCGACGUCGCCUUCGUCGCCCGCUUCCGCCAGACCUCCCCGGCCUCCAUCAUCGAGGUCGCCGGCCCCGUCCGCGUCUCUACCGACCGCCCCCAGCCCCCGUCCCUCUCCCUCCCCGAGUGGGACGGCCACAGGCCCCGCCCCGGCGACGACGAGGACGGCCUCCUCGACGACCCCCCCUUCCCCCCGCCCCCUCACCACCACGUCGGCAACCACAACGAGGCCGACUUCCACCACCCGCCCAAGCACAACGGUGAGGACCGCCCUCACCCGCCGCACGGUCAUGAUGGCGAGAAGGAACACCACCCUCACCACUCACCCGAGGUCGAGGCCGAGAUCCACGAGCUCGACUGCCUGCGCCACCAGCUCCACGCCCUGAAGCACCUCAUCCACGAGAAGGAGGCCCGCCUCGCCCACGAGCACGGCGUCCGCCUCCACCGCCACGCCCUGCGCGAGUGCGACUCCCUCAAGUGCGUUCUCGACACCCUCAUGCACCGCGUCGGCGGCGGUUUCCGCGGCGGCUUCCACGGCUUCGGCGGCGGUCGUCGUCACCGCGGCCCCGGCCACCACCACGGCGGCCCGCCCCCGAUGUGCGGCGCCUUCCCCUCCCCCGGCGGCAACCACACCCACGGAAACCACACCGCCCCGCCGCCGCCGCCGCCGCCGCCGGGCUUCUGUCCCUGUGGCCCCCCGCCUCCUGAGGGCGAGUGGCCUCACCACGGUCCUCCCCCUCCCUUCGACGAGCCUCCCCACCACGGCCCUCCCCACGGCGACUUUGACGAGCCCCCUCGCG